CCGGGCGCGCCAGCGUCAGGGUCUGGGGGGGCUCGUGGGCCCCGAGUGCGGCCUGGCCCUGCGGCGGCCGGGGCGGGGGCUGCGCGGGGCCGCGGGGCAAUCGUCCGUCUCGGGACGGGGGACGGCUUGUUGCCUCCUGACUCCUGCUGACUGACGCAGGAGAAAAGACGAGUUCCCACAGCCACGUAACCCGAGGAGAGGGACACACACCCAGACACGCGGGGACACAUGGAGGGACGCCAGACAUCUGGAAGACACACGCAAACACCCGGGGAAAGAGAGAUCCGCAAACACCUGGGGCGCACACGGACUCAAGCGCCGGGGGAGAGCGACACAUAAUGAUGCUGCUUGAGCUGAACAAUUAAGGGUUCUAAAGUCAAAAUCGUGAGAUUAAUAAUGGCAGGAAAAUCUUCACUUUUUAAAGUAAUUCUCCUUGGAGAUGGUGGAGUUGGGAAGAGCUCUCUAAUGAACAGAUAUGUGACCAAUAAGUUUGAUACCCAGCUCUUCCAUACAAUAGGUGUGGAAUUUUUAAAUAAAGAUUUGGAGGUGGAUGGACAUUUUGUUACCAUGCAGAUUUGGGACACGGCCGGUCAAGAGCGAUUCAGAAGCCUGAGGACGCCAUUUUACAGAGGUUCUGACUGUUGCCUGCUCACUUUUAGUGUCGAUGAUUCUCAGAGCUUCCAGAACUUGAGUAACUGGAAGAAAGAAUUCAUAUAUUACGCAGAUGUGAAAGAGCCUGAAAGUUUUCCUUUCGUGAUUUUGGGCAACAAGAUUGACAUAAGUGAACGUCAGGUGUCUACAGAAGAAGCCCAAGCCUGGUGCAGGGACAACGGCGACUAUCCUUACUUUGAAACAAGUGCAAAAGAUGCCACAAAUGUCGCAGCGGCCUUCGAGGAAGCAGUUCGAAGAGUGCUUGCUACUGAGGAUAGGUCAGAUCACCUGAUUCAGACAGACACGGUCAGUCUGCACCGAAAGCCCAAGCCUAGCUCAUCUUGCUGUUGAUCGUCAGAGAGGUUGCCUGUGCGAUCUAACCAACUUACACACAUUCACAGAAACAAAACACGGUGGAGAAGAGAAUUAGCAUUUGCAGCAAUGGACCAUCUACUCAUAAAAUUAAACUAACCAUAUUGCUGCUUUGUUAGUGGGUGGGAGAAGGGACACAUCCACUCAUGGAAGAAUCAAUUUACUCAGUAGUGGCACCUUACAUUUAUAAAUUGUAAUGGUUGUCUAAUAACAUUUAAUUUAAAUAUGUACGUUACAGAGCUAAUAAAUGAGAUGAUCAAUACUUUAAUUAUAAUUAAAACAAAACACUUGAAUAUUCUGGAAGUUAUUGUUUGUUUUUCCUGGGAAAAUGGAGAACUACUUUUUAUAUCUGUAUAUUUUUAUGUAAUUAGCAUUCAGUUCCUGGUUGAGGGGGAAAAAAAUUCCCUAAAGCAAUAAUGUUAAAUAAUAAAGAUUAAAACCUAA